AUGACUUCACAGGUCUCGAGGCUUGAUCGACAGGUGAUCCUGUUGGAGACAGGUUCGACGCAGUUCGUACGUAAUAUGGCGGCAGACCAAAUGGGUGAUCUGGCAAAACAACAUCCGGAAGAUAUCUUAUCGUUGUUGUCAAGGGUGUAUCCGUUUUUGCUGGUCAAGAAAUGGGAGACGAGAGUGACGGCAGCAAGAGCUGUCGGCGCGAUCGUGCAGCACGCUCCUGUGUGGGAUCCGAAUACGGAUGACACUGAUGGAACGGCUAGUGUUCGCAGCGGUAAUGGAAUUGGCGAAGAAGAUCUGGAGUGUAGUGCGAAGAUCAAACUGGAAAAAGAAAUCAAGAUUAAACUGGAGGAAAUUAGUCAAGAAGAUAGAAAAGAGAUUUUUCAGGAUGACAGCCGACUUCUUUCUUUGUCGGAUUGGAACCUUCAUGAGCUUUUAAAAUCUAAAAAAAUUCUGCUCGCUUCCAGUUCGAACAAUUUCAAUGAUAGUGAUGAUGGGAUUUCUAAAAAACAAUUGAAAGCAAAUCAUGGUGAUUCGUCACCUGUGUCACCCAUGGAUGCUGAAGUGAAGCACGAAGUAGAUUCAAAAAAAGAAUUGGCUUCUGGAGCAUCUAAGAAAUCAGCUCGUAUGCUGGCCAUGGCAAAACGAAGGAAAAGAAUACAAGCCAAAAGCUCAUUUAAUAAACCUGUAGAUCUGUCGGAAAGCUCUGUUUCGAAAAGUUUGAUGAAUUCAAACUCAAAUGCAUCAACCCCUAAUCCAAAAUUAGAGAUCACGGAACAAUCUGACGAAAAUAAAAUUAUGGUUGAGUCAAUGAUAUCUCCAAUUUUAGAAAAACAUGAAAGAGUUGCUGGUCUAGUCUGGCAAUUUCAAGGUAUUUAUGAACUAUUAUUGGAAAAUUUGAUGAAUGAUACGUGGGAAAAAAGGCAUGGUGCAGCAUUGGGGUUGAGAGAAAUUUUAAAAAAACAUGCUUCCAGCGUAAGUCGAGUCAAGGGAAAAAGUAAAAAUGAAAAUGAUACUAUAAAUAAAAAAUCCUUAGAAGAUACUGCAACAAGACUACUUACAAUUUUUGCAUUGGAUAGAUUUGGCGACUACGUUCAUGAUACAGUUGUCGCCCCAGUAAGAGAAUCUGUUGCUCAAACAUUAGCUGCAUUAUUAAUUCAUCUAGAGGAUGAUCUUUCCAUUAAAAUUUUUUACACCCUGGAACAAUUAGUUUUACAAGAUCCAAAAGUUGUUGCGGUACCAAAUAGAAUUUGGGAGGCAACUCAUGGCGGUCUUCUUGGUAUCAGAUAUUUUGUCAGUAUCAAGACAGAUUUACUCAUGUCAUCCGAUCUAUUACCAAAUGUUGUCAAAAUUGUCUUAUAUGGUUUGGAUCAAUCAGAUGAUGAUGUUCAGAGUGUCGCUGCUGCGAUUCUAUCACCCAUCACAAAUGACUUUGUUCGAUUGGGUUCAGAAACUAUAGACCACGUGCUGACGACCAUUUGGUCUUCUUUAACACAUUUGGAUGAUGAUUUAUCUUCCAGUGUUGGCUCUGUGAUGGAUCUAUUAGCCAACCUUUGUAAACAUCAAGAAGUCCUUGACAUACUGAAAAACAAGGCAAUACAGCAUCCUUCGGAGUGGUCAUUCAAAUCUUUAGUGCCGAAGUUGUAUCCAUUUUUGCGUCAUUCUAUUUCUUCGGUAAGGAAAUCUGUUUUAAAUUUAUUAAAUGCAUUUCUCUCGAUUAAGGACGAUUCUACGAAGAAUUGGCUUAAUGGGAGGAUUUUUAGACUCAUUUUUCAAAAUAUUAUUCUUGAACAACACGAAGAUAUUUUGUCCCUAUCAUUUCAAGUUUAUCAGUCACUUUUAAACGAUUACAAAUUUAAGCAUACAGAGAAAACUUUGGAUCACGUCCUGAGUAAACACCUACAACCAAUCUUACAUCUUUUAAACACCCCUAUUGGCGAAAAUGGUAAGAAUUAUAGUAUGGAGUCCCAGUAUAUUCUAAAACCUUCUCAGCAUUACCAGUUGCAUCCAGAACGAAAGAGAAGUAUCUCAGAAGCUAAUCAUGAAUCCAGUAUUCCAAUUCCUAAGGGUAGUGAACGUGUAAAUAUAGAUGCACCGAUGAUUGCAGGUGACAUAACUUUGCUCGGUUCCGAAAUAAUUACGAAUACAAGGGUCAUGGGUGCCAAAGCAUUUGGCUUAACCCUAUCUCAUUUCCAAGACUCAACAUUAGAAUCUUUCUUUACCAACGUACUGGUUCGAUGUUUAGACUUGACUUACGCAACCCCUAGGAUGCUGGCUUUCAUCAUUCUGACGGAAUUUUGCUCUUCGUGGUUGCAAGAUCAUGAAAAUGUUCCAUCAUUUGUAGCAGAGACUUUCAGACCCAUAGUAACAGAUCAGCUUUCACAUCCAGAUAAACUUCCUGUCUUUAGGGAAUUAGUACCGUCUUUGAAAGCUUUACGAACUCAGUGUCAGAGUUUGUUAAUAACGUUUGUUGAUGUUGGAAUGUUACCGCAACAUAAGUUACCUAAUAUACCAGUUGUUGUACAAGGAGAGUCGGAGGCUGGUCCCGAAGCGUUCACAAUUUCCCUCGCAGAAAAAGUCUACAACGAAUAUUAUGAUAAGAUGUUCCGUGCAAUGAGUAAUUCGUACAAACUUUUGGCUAAAAAACCCUUGGAGGAUGCAAAAUAUCGUGUAUUCCUAGCAAUACAAGCUGCUCAAAGUUCUAGAAAGGCUCGGAACACUUCUAUUCUGGCAAAUUAUGCCUCAGCUUCUCUACGUUAUGAGGGUCUUCCGACUAAGUUAAAUCCCAUCAUUCGAUCCUUGAUGGAUAGUGUCAAAGAAGAGACAAAUGAAAAAUUGCAAAAACUGUCUGGUGAAUCGGUAAUAUAUUUGAUUAAACAGUUGAUCAGCCAUGAGAAACCAAAGGUCUCUAAUAAAAUAGUCAAGAAUUUAUGUGGAUUUUUAUGCGUUGAUACCACAGAAGUCCCGGAAUUCGCAAGUCAUUCCGCUCUGAAAGAUUCAAUCUUAACCCUACAAAAGGAAUAUAGCAUCGAUUCUAAUAAGGAAGAUAUUCUGAUCAUGAAAAUGACGGAAGAGGCGCAAAUAAAACGUAGAGGAGGGAUAUUUACAUUGAGCAGACUUCUUCAAGUAUUUGGUAGGGACGUUUUGAUAAAAAUCCCUCAACUUAAGGAUUGUUUAUUUGAUCCCUUGACUAAACUUGAUGAAUUAAGCGAUCAAGGUCAUCGGGACAAUACUUUGGGUCAGUCUAUUGUUGACGCUUUGGGCAUAAUGCGUUCUACGUAUUGUUUCAUGGAUCCUCAAUUGCGAAGUGAAGAAGUCAUUCCAAAAUUUCCGAUACUUUUAGAGUUUUUGAAGUCCGAGUUCUCAGUUUUCAGGUACUCCACGGCCAGGCUAAUAGCGGACUUCGCCAAAACAUCACCUCUUGAAGUCAUGUCGUUUGUUAUCAGAGAGGUAAUACCUUUGAUGAAUAGUGCUGGUUCGGUCAUUCAUCGCCAAGGCGCAUCGGAGCUAAUAUAUCAUCUUUCAAAUUCGAUGGGAACAGAUAUAUUGCCGUAUGUGAUCUUUUUAUUGGUACCAUUAUUGGGUCGCAUGAGCGACUCUAACAAUGACGUUAGAAAUCUAGCAACUACAACUUUUGCUUCUAUUAUCAAGCUGGUUCCUCUAGAGGCGGGGAUCGCUGACCCAGAAGGCCUGCCGGAUGAUCUCAUGGUUGGUCGUGAAAGGGAGCGUGAUUUCAUUCAGCAAAUGAUGGAUCCUUCAAAGGCAAAACCUUUCAAAUUGCCAGUGGCUAUCAAAGCUACUUUAAGAAAAUAUCAACAGGACGGUAUCAAUUGGCUAGUGUUCUUGAACAAAUAUCAUUUACAUGGUAUUCUUUGUGAUGAUAUGGGCCUAGGUAAGACAUUGCAAACUAUUUGUAUUAUUGCAAGUGAUCAAUAUUUAAGAAGUGAGGAUUAUAAGAAGACAAAGUCUGUCGAGACUCGACCUCUUCCUUCACUUAUUAUCUGCCCUCCUUCUUUGACUGGUCAUUGGGAAAAUGAAUUUGAGGUUUAUGCAUCUUUCCUCGACGUUGUUGUGUACGCUGGUGGACCUUCAACUCGUAUUCCAUUGAGGGAGAAGCUUGCUGGAGCAGAUAUAAUCGUUACUUCUUAUGAUGUCGCAAGAAAUGACCUUGAGAUAUUCAAGCAAUAUGAUUACAAUUAUUGUGUACUUGAUGAGGGUCAUAUUAUUAAGAAUGCACAAUCAAAACUGGCAAAGGCAGUCAAACAGAUUAAUGCAAAUCACAGAUUGAUUUUGACGGGUACUCCUAUUCAAAACAAUGUAGUUGAGCUGUGGUCUUUAUUCGAUUUCUUGAUGCCCGGCUUUCUGGGUACCGAAAAGAUGUUUCAGGAAAGAUUUGCAAAACCAAUUGCGGCUUCAAGAAAUAGCAAAACAUCAUCGAGGGAACAAGAGGCGGGUGUUCUGGCUUUGGAGGCACUGCAUAAGCAAGUAUUACCAUUUAUGUUACGGAGACUGAAAGAAGAUGUUUUAUCAGAUUUACCUCCAAAGAUUAUUCAAGAUUAUUUCUGUGAAUUAAGCGAUCUGCAGAAACAACUAUACAAGGACUUUUCGAAAAAGCAAAAAAAUGUAGUGGAAAAAGAUAUUGACAGUACCUCAGACUUAGAUAGCAAGCAGCAUAUUUUUCAAGCACUCCAGUAUAUGAGAAAAUUAUGCAAUCAUCCAGCUUUAGUACUCUCACCGGAUCACCCCCAAUUGAAGCAGGUUCAAGAAUAUUUGAAGCAGACUCAUUUGAAUCUACAUGAUAUUGUGAAUGCACCUAAAUUGCUAGCUCUAAAGAAUUUACUAUUUGAGUGUGGAAUUGGUGAGCGUGAUAUGGAGAGAAAGCAGUCCGCGAACCAGUUCCCCUCAAGCGAAAACGUCAUCUCACAGCAUCGUGCCCUGAUUUUUUGUCAAUUGAAGGAUAUGUUGGAUAUGGUUGAAACUGAUCUUUUUAAAAAGUACAUGCCGUCAGUCACUUAUAUGAGACUGGAUGGUAGCGUUGAGCCAAGAGAUAGACAAAAUGUAGUAAAAAAGUUUAACGAAGAUCCGUCAAUUGACUGUCUCCUGCUAACUACAAAAGUUGGUGGUCUGGGUUUAAAUUUAACAGGUGCAGACACAGUCAUCUUUAUCGAGCAUGACUGGAACCCUAUGAAUGAUUUGCAGGCAAUGGACCGUGCGCAUAGACUUGGCCAAAAGAGAGUUGUAAAUGUCUACAGAAUAGUGACAAAAGGUACACUGGAGGAAAAAAUAAUGGGCCUACAGAAAUUCAAAAUGAAUAUCGCUUCUACGGUUGUCAAUCAACAGAAUAAUGGUUUAGCUUCAAUGGAUACGCAUCAAUUACUUGAUUUAUUUGAUACAGAUAAUGUUCCGUCUCAGGACGAUGAAGAAAAGCAAGCGCAGCUGAACAAUGGCGUAAAUGGAAUGGAAGAUAUCGCAAGCGAAACAGGGUUAAGUGGCAAAGCCAAAGAAGCUGUUGGUGAGCUUAAAGAAUUAUGGGAUACCUCUCAAUAUGAGGAAGAAUACAAUCUUGACAACUUUAUCAAGACUUUACGUUAA